AUGGAAGAAUACGCAGAGUGGAAGAAAUCUGCUCAUUUAUUGUACGACAUGAUCAUUUCACAUAAUCUCACAUGGCCAUCGCUCACUUUACAAUGGCUACCAAAAAAGACCUUUCAAGAGAUGCUCAUUGGUACUCAUACCAAUGAUCUCGAACCCAACUUUGCUCAACUCCUAAGGUUGGACAUUCCGGAAAAGAAGAGCGAUAAAACAAAAUUCAGUAUUUCACAAAGAGUGUGUCAUGAAGGUGAAGUCAAUCGUGCUCGAUAUAUGCCUCUAGAUCCAUCCGUAUUUGCCACCAAGACAGUAACAGGGGAUGUACUUGUGUUUGACAGGAAAGUUAAUCACAGUCAGGCAAUAUGUGACCCUUUAUUGAAACUGAAGGGACAUUGUAUGGAAGGCUAUGGAUUGGCAUGGUGUCAUCAUGAGUCGAAAAAGAAUCACCUGUUGAGCGCUGGAUUUGAUCAAUUGAUCUGUCACUGGUACAUAAAGGUUGAACUGGUCAAGUAUAGACAUAAACAUAAAGAGCUGGAGCCAUUGCAAGUAUACAGAGGACAUACAUCAUGCGUAGAGGACGUGAGCUGGAAUGCAACCAACGAUUGUAUAUUUGCAUCUGUUGCUGAUGAUAAAAAGUUGAUGAUCAUCUGCUCACAUAUUUUUCUCUUUAGCUGGGAUACUCGUUCACCUGGUCAACCUGCUCAGAGCGUCCAAGCUCAUACGACGGAUAUUAACUCUGUAGCAUUUCAUCCCAAGCAGGAUUGGAUGUUGGCUACAGGCAGUUCUGAUAAGACAAUAGGAUUGUUUGACAUUCGCAAGAUAGAUGAUAAAUUAUAUUCGUUUGAAUCUCAUGAGGGAGAGGUGUUGCAAGUGGCAUGGAGUCCACAUGAGGACCCUAUUUUGGCUUCAGCGGCUAGUGAUCGUAAGAUCAUCGUUUGGGACUUACGUGAAAUUGGAAAAGAACAGACGCCUGACGAUGCUGAGGAUGGACCACCAGAAGUGUUGUUUGUCCACAGUGGACAUACAGCCAAAAUAAACGAUUUUAGCUGGAAUCCUGAAGAACCUUGGGUGAUUUCAAGCUGUGCAGAAGACAAUGUUGUUCAGAUUUGGAAAGUGUCUAAGCGCGUUUAUACAAAUACAAAAGACUUGGAAAUAAAUCCUGAUGAACUAGAGUAA